AUGACCAACCAAGAGACCGAGAGGGUGUUAAAGGCAUUGAAGUCAGCACUAGAAAUUAAUGGGGGUAAAGACGGUAAGGAGUGGAAGAGAAGAGGGGAGAAAUUAUAUAAGAAAUGGAUAAAAGACGGUAGUAUUAAUUCACCCGAUGGACUUCCGGUUGACGGGGAGCCCGGCAGAAUAUUGGAUACGUUAAAACGAAAAACAGACAAAACCUCUUCUGGUUGUAUAGAGGAGGGAGAACCCAUUCCUGUUGUAUGAGACUGUCAGGAAUUGUCAAGAUUACAUUGUGGGGAUAAACUCCUCCGUAGAAUAGGAUAUAAUUCUGGGGGACUAGUCAAGAAUACCUAUACAGGGAGGGGUGAUUCCAGGUGUUGUGGUGUGAAGCUGUUUUUAAUGACCUGUUAUAUUGACUUGUUAUAUAUAAGAGGUGGCUAAGGGAUUUUUAACAGUACCAACCAUGGGGGGCAAAUCCUCACAAGAGGUCCCAGAAUUUACUGGGGAUGGGAAAUACUUGAUGUAAUUAAAAUGGAAUCCAGGGAUGGAAGAAAUCUCCGUUAUGUAACCAGGUGGAGGGAGAGGUAUGGUUUUGAGGGACGUCUGGACGCAGAUAAACUCGAAUCCAUGCUUAAACAGAUACAUACGGUGUGUAAAGGAGAAAGAAGCAGUGAGAGAGAGAGUAGGAGGGGGCCAGUACCCACUGAUAGCCUUACCUAAUCUAUUGGCGGGGAAUGAAAGAGGCCUCAGCAACCUUAGAUGUAAACAGUAAUAAUAAUAAUAAAAUGCCAUUUAGCAGACAGGCCAUGAACACAGAGGACGUGGCCAGAGCGGUAGAAGGAAUGACCCACCCCAAAACAGGAAUAGUAAGGUUUGGGCUGCCGUUAGAGGGCAAUGGGUUUCAGGGGAUGCCCAGAGGACACUUUUGCCAUGGGCCGAUCACGGAGAGUAUGUUGGGAAAAUAACUGAAUUGUGUAAUAGCCUCAGACAGGCAUGCAAUCCAUCAUGAGCAGAAUAACAGACAGGACAGAGCCACGAAAGAGCAGAAAGGAGCAGAGUACCUAAUGGCCACUCUUGGGGAAAUAGCGGGUAAAGGCAGGGAAAAGUGAAGGCUACAGCGGGGGAGGUCGAUGCUUCAACUGUAACAAAGGAGGGCAUUUCGCCAGAGAGUGUGAGGCCCCAUGCAGAUACUGUGGUAAGACAGGCCAUAACUCUUUUCAAUGCAAACCCAAAGGAAAAGGAAAGAAAGAAAAAAGAGAGAAGCCUAACAGACGUCUAUUUCCCAGCUUUGAGCGUGAGGAAGAGGAAGAUAAGGCGUGACUAGUCCUUGAGGGAGAAAGAGUAGACUCUAGUGAGGUGAAGACUAAGGAACCCUUUGAUCCAAAUUGUGAGGUGUUUGAAUUGGCUACUAUUGACUUAGCACUUCAACAGGAACAGAAACCUUAUUUGACAUUGACAGUAAUGGGUAAGAAAAUUAAAUUCCUUUGUGAUACGGGAGCCUGCAGGACAGCAAUCUGUGCAACAGACAAGCCAGAUGGAGUCAGGCUUGAUGGGGAGAAAAUCAUAGUGCGAUCUGCCUCUGGUCAUCAAUUUAUUGAAAUGUUAUCAGCCCCAAUAACCCUAAAACAUGACCAAUCAGGAGGAGAGGCAACCAUACCCAUCCUGAUAUCUAAGCUGUGUCCGGUAAAUUUACUAGGACGUGAUGUAAUGACUAAAUUGAAUGUGGCCGUCAUUUCCACUGAGAGGGGAAUGAAAGCACACAUAAUCAGAGACAAUAUGGUGGUCUGUGGGGAAGGGGAGCCAUGUUAUUGCUAUAGUCAAGAUUUGUUAAGGGGGGGAAUAACUGAUAUUCCCCGAACCUUGAUGGAACUUGCUGAUGAUGUAGUACCAGGCCCCACUAAAAUGUCCCCCGAUGACCUACACUGUACUCUCUGGUAUAACCAACACCCAGGUCCAGAUGCAAUCUAUGAGGAAGCAUUAUUUAAAACCACAGAAAGGACUAUAGCCUUGAAAUGGUUUCACUAUGACAACACCCACGCAGCAGUGGAGGUGGAACUAGGGCCCCAAAGUUCAGGGAAAGAUGGAGCCCACAUGUGUCCCUAGCAAAGGAGCCAGCAGAGGACUGGAAAGACAUGGGCCAAUGGGUAUCCAAGGGUAAGGCUCUCUGUGUGUUCGUGCUGUGAGAGGAGGGGUCUCCUCUUUGUCUGAAAGCAAUGGCUAGCUAGUAUGCUAACUAUUCUAGCUAACUAACUGGCUGAAUAAGUUGACGACGGACUCGCUCAAGCUGUCGGGACUAACCCACAACGUUAGACACAGACACGAAUGAUCUGCUUGGCGUGUUGACACACUGGUGGUUUGUUGUGGCCGAGUAUUGGUGCUAAACCGUGUUGUUGGAGUCCGGCAUGCUAGUUGGCUAUGACUAGGUGCCCUGGACGAUUUUCACGGAAGAAUACUGUACCAAGUUAGCUAGCUGAAUAAACUAAGUUAGUCUAUUCCCAGAAAAACAUUGACAGCAACUCGCUGUUGGCUGGGCUCCCUGCCUGUGCCAUUAAACCCCUACAACUCAUCCAGAAUGCCGCAGCCCGUCUGGUGUUCAACCUUCCCAAGUUCUCUCACGUCACCCUGCUCCUCCGUACACUCCACUGGCUUCCAGUUGAAGCUCGCAUCUGCUACAAGACCAUGGUGCUUGCCUACGGAGCUGUGAGGGGAACGGCACCUCCGUACCUUCAGGCUCUGAUCAGUCCCUACACUCAAACAUGGGCAUUGCGUUCAUCCACUUCUGGCCUGCUGGACCCCCUACCUCUGCGGAAGCACAGGUCCCGCUCAGCCCAGUCAAAACUGUUCGCUGCUCUGGCACCCCAAUGGUGGAACAAGCUCCCUCACGACGCCAGGACAGCGGAGUCACUCACCACCUUCCGGAGAAACUUGAAACCCCACCUCUUUAAGGAAUACCUGGGAUAGGAUAAAGUAAUCCUUCUACCCCCCCUUACCCCACCCCACCCCCCAAAAAAUAAAAAUAAAUAAAAAAUAUUGUCAAGUGGUUAUCCAACUGGCUAUAAGGUGAAUGCACCAAUUUGUAAGUAGCUCUGGAUAAGACGUAAAUGUAAAUAUAAAUGAGUAGAUAAACCAACUGAGAGAUAAGACAGUGAGAGAGCUCAGUAGAUCCUCUACAGAUACAUCCUCAUGGUUGCAGGUAUACCCAACCUAUACCAGUGUUUGAGGCUCCUCCUCUGAUACCUGUAUAUGUAACUCUUCUUCUGUGGUUUGUGGUUAAGGGUUUUCAGUUCCUAUUGGCCUCCUCCUCAAAUUAUUUUGGACUUAAUUUCUAUCUGAAAUGUAUUUUUGUUGUUGUUAUUGUUGUAUUUUUGAUUUUUUUAUAGAUCCACAAUUCUAUACCAUGCAAUGCCAUAUGUAUCAUCGGCAAAUAAACAUUCUAAUAAGAAUUUUAUAAUUAACCAUAAUUAAUCAUAAAUAUAUGACCCUUUUUUUUUAUCGCCUAAAAUGACAUACCCAAAUCUUCCUGCCUGUAGCUCAGGACCCGAAGCAAGAAUAUGCAUAUUCUUGAUACCAUUUGAAAGGAAACACUUAAAGUGAUUAAUGUAGGAGAAUAUAACACAUUAGUCCCCUGUAGCUCAGUUGGUAGAGCAAGGCGCUUGCAACGCCAGGGUUGUGGGUUCGUUUCCCACGGGCCGAGCCAAUUCAGUUCCCAGAGUACAUUUAGAUGAGAAUAGCAGAUACUGAGGAGAGGGAUACCUGUUGACAGAACAACAGGAGUCAGACUUAAAAGAAGUUCCAGAGCAUUUGUGGUCCCGGGGUCCAGCAGACGUAGAAUUAAUAAAAGGGGUAAUUCCAGUACAGGUGAUACCCAAAUCUAAUCAUAGGCCAUAUCAGAAGCAAUACCCUAUGAAACCAGAAGCAAUAAAAGGUUUGCAGUUUACCAUGAGCAGAUUGGGAGGGACCUUGAGGGAGGGACAAUUCUCGGGGAGAUAGUGAGACCAGAAACAAAGGUGCAGUGUCCUGGAAAUCACAGUCUUUUUUUUUUUUUUUUAGUUCUGCUGGGAUUACAUUUGAUGAUGGGUUUUUGUGUUGAAAUAGAGGCUAGACUUCAUAAAAUAAUAAUUGGAAUAAUAAUUAUGUAUUAACUUGCUCACCCAAACGUAGACAUACGUCAUGGGUGAGACAUAAUUUAUAUAAUAUUGUACCAUUAAGGAACGUCAAUCACUACAUUGGAUAUUAAUACUAUGGAGAUAAAUUGGCACAACUCUGUGAUAAUCUGAGAGAAUAUUAUCACAGACAUGCCGACUUCUCCAAAGUCCACGAGUGUAAGCAGGGAGACAGUGAGACUAUUAGUCAAUACCUAGAGAGACUGAGAGAUGUGUUCAAUGCAAACAUUGGAUUUAUUAAACAGUAGGUUUAUAUUUUAAUAAAUUAAUGCAACAGGUUUAAAUCAGUAGGUUAUCGGAAGGUGGUUAUGGGUUUGUUAUUUAUAGGUUUGUUAUUUAUAGGUUUAGUGAAUUUAAUGAUACGUGGAGUUAUCUGAUGUGUUCUGAGGGGGGAUUAUUUUUUUAUUUUAUUUAAUUUUUUCAGGAUUGAGGGACAUCCCCUACAGUAUCAGGAAGAUAGUAGCAAUAAAGAAGCAAGGGACAGUCUCAAAAAUAAAUAAGGGAUGGCAAUUGGAUGAUAAAUUACCAAUAUUAUCUAAGUGAUUGUUUAGGUAGGUGGUAAUAUUGACACAUGGGCAAAACAUGUGUCAAGAGGGGGAUGAUAGUAGAUGGUAGGAUUAAAUAAUAAAUAUACGAAGGAGAGGACAAAAUACUUUUAAAAAACAAUUUUUUAGAUACAGUCUAUGUUAUGAUCAGUUUCUCGGGUGUUCAAAGAAUCAAGGAUGCAAGGAUAUACUGAGACACUUUGUAGAAAGUUAAUACAAUUAUUUAAUGAUCGGUACCGGGUUUGUGACAGCAAUGACCAGAGUUUUGCCCUUGAUGCUACGAACUAACUUUAACAAAGAAGACCCUCUACCUUAAAUAGCCUUUAUUACCCUUCUGCUGGCAUACAUCUGGCAAGUCUCCAUGGGCACUCCCUGUCUUUGAUGUUCAUCACUUUCUACCCCAAGUCAGUAUCCUGCCCAUCACUCAUGCUAUUCUAAACAUCACUAAUCUACCUUGACAUAAGGAAUGUAGACUUUAAAGCCCCAAACCACUCAUCUCUUAACUCUUUCCCUGUCCUCACAAUCCUCUAACAUGACAUCAUUACAGUCUAGAAAGAAAAUACUGAUGUGAACGGUAUGAUUAGAGAGGGGUUAAGGAAAACACACAGGAGAGCAGGAAAAAAUGGUGUACAAGGUCUACCGAUAGUAUUAAUGACGAUCAGGAGAACUCCAGAUAAAGAAGGGUUAUUGCCAUUGGAGAAGGAAUUUGGUAGACCAUACAGAAUACCAGAGUUAGGAGGACCGGAGCAGUCAGAAAUAGAAAUUGACAGCUGAACACGUGUGAAGAUAGUUUAUUAACCACACCCGUAUGUCAGAGGUUUUGUGCCCCACAGGUGAACUAAAGGAGUAGGUGACCCACUCUAUCUAACCAGGUGACUGGUGAGGAUCCAGUCCCUAAAGAAGAAAAACUGGAAGCAGGCCUGUUGGGAAGGGCCCUAUCAGGUUAUAUUGGUCACUGCCUUUGCCAUUAGAAUAGCAGGAAGAGCAACCUGGGUCCACGUUAGCCCACUGCAAAAAGGUAAGAACACAUACAAGCACCACUGAACACACACAAAGUUAGAGAGAAGAACUGGACCAAUAGGGUCUGGGGAUCACCUCUGUUAACGAAGAUCUCCUACCCCGACCUAUCAUCACUGUAGUGUGUGCUCAGGGUGUGAGUAUGGGGUAGUACCAAGCAGAAAGACUGAGGACAGGAGAGGGUUGGCGGUUUUUGGGAAUAUGGGUGACUUGAGCUGCAUCAUAGUCUCGGCAAUGGUCUUGAUAUGUCAAGAUCCACCGCCAAUUACGCUAUGCCCUUACGAUUGUUAAGAAGUAAAAGAGAAGAGAAGUGACCCGACAUACUGACCGUCAAGGAUGAGUGGCCUACAAAAUGGGAGUCAGAGAAGGGCAGACUGUCAGAUUCAAAAUAAGGGUAGGGACGUAGCCAAUGGGUGGGGUACAUGUCAAUAAGCAAAUUGGGAUUAUAAAAUCCCAUUAUAUUUGUGUUCGGCCCCCACGGCAGAUUGUUCCUAGACUCAAGUGUUUAAACACACUUAGGGAUGGGGAUAUGAGACCGAGCGGGACUGAACAUCCAGAUGGGGGGUAAAGAGAAACAAAGACAUCACCAAUUAUCAAUUGGAGAUAGUAGUAAUGUGACGGACUUAAGUUCGGAAGCACAGGAGAGAAUUCUAAACCUUACAGCCCCUGUAACCGAUGUGUGGUGGGCGUGUGCCAGUAAAGGCAGUAUAAGGCAGAGAAUUCCAAAAGGGUGGCUAGAUACGUGCACCCUGGUUCUACUGGUUCAGCUAGUUAGAAUUAGUCACCAGGAACCAAGGAUUAAACAGAUGUAGGAGGAGUUUUAACAAGAAGGAGAAUAGCCCUAUUUAGAUGAAUGCGAUUGGGAUACCAAGGGGGGUAUCGGAUGGAUACCAAGCUAUGAAACAAUUAGGGGAAGGGUUUACUACCACGCUCUUUUGGUGGGUGACAAACAAAAUUGUGGAUUGGAUUCAUUAUAUGUAUUACGACCAACAACGAUUUAUUGGCUAGACUAGGGAUGCAGCAAAAGGGAUCUCUGAACAAUUAUCCGCCAUUUCAUUCAUGACUUAGUAAAAGAGGUUGGCUCUAGAUCAGGCAGAAAGGGGCGUUGUCUAUAGAAUGGUAAGCCAUUGUUGCACAUUUAUCCCUAACAAUACCAGCCCUGACGGGAGUAUCUCUAAAGCCCUAGUUGGUUUAGAUAAACUAUCAGCUGAAAUGAAUAGAAUGGCUGGAGUGGAGGAAACCGGACUGUUCUCCUGGUUGGGGGAGUGGUUUGGUAAGUAUGCUGCACUGGUGGUUACUGGAUUUCUGACCCUAAUCGUUAUGUUUUUAAUUUUGGUGUGCUGUGCUGCCUGUAUUAUCCCUUGUCUGAGAAAGUCUGUUACAGAUGUUGUGCACGCUGCUGGUAUGAUGCCCUUGCUGGAGGCACAAGAAGGAGAUGCAGACACUGAGUCUAACUUUCGGAGGAAACUGGGGUUGACAAAAGAUGACCCUUGGUUUGCUAUUGGUGAGGUGGUGGAGUGACACCCUAGUGGGUGCCUAAAGGGGGAAUCAAAAUUCCCUGUUUGUGCUUUUAUGUUUUAUAAAUCCAUUUUAACUAUUGUAAAUGUUUGUCUUUCCUUAUUUGAAGGUUUGAAGUUCCUGGGUGGCUGGUAGCCAACCUAGUACACGUUAGGUGUAGAUGGAUGGACUGAAGGCCUUUUUAUUAUUAUUAUUGCCUAUUAAUAAAAGUGUGAUUCUUUUUGUUUGUAUUGUAUUUUAAUGCGUGACACCCUAGUAGAUGUCAAAAGGGGAAUCCUAAAUAUCCCUGAAAUUUCUUAUUUUGGGUUCACAUACCCUGCGGGUGUGAAAAGGGGGAUUGUUGGGAUCUAUUUUCUUAUAAUUAGAUGUGAUGCAUAGCUUAAAAAGAAUACAUUAAUGAUUAAACAUAAUAGGUUUGUGCUGUACUGAUAUAGAUUGUUUAACAUAACAAGCUGUGACUAAUGUGAGGAACCGUUAGGGGAGAGGCUGAGAUAGACUUGUGACACACACACACACACUGCCUCUUUGUUAAACCGCUCAAGGACAUGUGUACUGCAACAAUGAAGAAGAAGAAACUAUGUCUGUGGGUGCUGACUCUCGAGACAAGUUGCGGAAAACAACUAAUGCCCGGCAACAGUGAAGCGCCAAGGGGCUGGGACCAGCCUGUGCACCAACGAUAGGCUGAGUAAGUUUAAACCACGCUCAGCCUCUAUUCUGAUAGGCCCACUUUGAGCAGGAACUAUCUCUGUCAGAGUAUUAAAGAAUAACUUUGGGUUGGGACAGUUAGUUCCCUGUCUGCCCUGCGUGGUGUUUCAGUGAGCCCAAAUAUACGGACAUCAUAUUUACCAUUCAAGUGUUUGCAAUAAUUAAAAUACUAGUAAAACUUAGAAGAGGUGUGUUGACCUCUUUUGUUCCAAUACCAGAUUCGAAUGGACGCAACCUAACAGUAGCCCUGUCUUUCAUUUUUGUUCAUUGAUUUCACCUGUGUUAGUUAUUCACCUGGUCUCAUCAGCUCCUUAUUUAUUUCAAUUCAUUCUUUUUGUGCCUUGUGAGGCAUUGACUCUACUAAGCCUUUUCCUAGCUCUUUUGUGAGAACCAGUUAUAGUCUUCAGUCCUAGUUUUGAUUCACCUGCCUGUUUGCCUACCUGUGUUUGACCAUUACCUGCUUGUGACCACGAUUCCUGCCUUCUGCGAAGGCGAAAUAAACACCUGGUGCGCUCUGCGCGUGAAUAUACACCUUUUUUUCCCUGAGUAUUCAUUACAAAUGUCCUCAAAGUCGGUGUUUGGAGGAUACAUCUCGGGCCUAACAACACCCGUGCCAAUAUAACCUCCAAACAUGGCUUCUCUGGCAUUAUCACUUAACCUCUACAGUAGCUAUUACAGUGAGCUAACGUGUGCUAAUGUGAAUAACAUGACUGUUGAAGUAACAGCAAACUUUCCAGGACAUAGACAUGUCUAAUAUGGGUAGAAAGCUUACAUUCUUGUUAAUCUAACUGCACUGUCCAAUUUACAGUAGCUAUUACAGUGAAAAAAUAUCAUGCUAUUGUUUGAGGAGAGUGCACAACAACAAAAAACGUAUCACGGCAACUGGUUUGAUACAUUCACCUCUGAAGGUAAAUAAUGUACUUACAUUCAGUAAUCUCGCUCUGAUUUGUCAUCCUAAGGGUCUCAGAGAUACAAUGUAGCGUAGUUUUGUUUGAUAAAAUCAAUUAUAUAUUCAAACGUAGGAACUGGGUUCUACAGUUUGAACCCCUGCUGUCUCUGGCUCCACAUCCACCCCGCCCGGCCAUCUAGAUGUGUGAAAGUAAGUGCAUAAGCUAAUGAUCCAUGAUGUAUGACAUUCCUGGGAGUGUGUAAACUUACAUUUUGUUUUACCAUAUCCUUUUUGUAUGUUCUCUAUAGUUAUGUACUUUUUGACCAAUUGACCAAUUCGGCACAUUUGGGCAGAUUUGAUACAAAAUAGUCCAGCAUUGCAAUGCUUCACUGGAUCAAACUGAAACUUUGAACACACACUGCUGCCAUCUAGUGGCCAGAAUCUAAAGUGCGCCUAAACUGCAAUAUUAUAUUGUGGCAUUUCAAGGAUGAUGGAACAAAAAAAAUAAUAGAAAACUGUUUUUUUGUUUGUAUUAUCUUUUACCAGAUCUACAUUUUAGUCAUUUUGCAGACGCUCUUAUCCAGAGUGACUUACAGUUAGUGAGUGCAUACAUCUUUCAUACUGGCCCCCCCGUGGGAAACGAACCCACAACCCUGGCGUUGCAAGCGCCAUGCUCCACCAACUGAGCUACAGGGGACUAAUGUGGUAUAUUCUCCUACAUUAAUUUCACAUUUCCACAAACUUAAAGUGUUUCCUUUCAAAUGGUAUCAAGAAUAUGCAUAUUCUUGCUUCAGGUCCUGAGCUACAGGCAGGAAGAUUUGGGUAUGUCAUUUUAGGCGAACAUUUUUAAAAAAGGGUCAUUUCUUUAUGAGGUUAAUUACACAAUUCUUAUUAGAAGGUUUAUUUGCCGAUGAUACAUAUGGCAUAGCAUGGUAUAGAAUUGUGGAUCUAUAAAAAAAUCCAAAAUACAACAACAACAACAACAAAAAUACAUUUCAGAUAGAAAUUAAGUCCAAAAUAAUUUGAGGAGGAGGCCAAUAGGAACUGAAAACCCUUAACCACAAACCACAGAAGAAGAGUUACAUAUACAGGUAUCAGAGGAGGAGCCUCAAACACUGGUAUAGGUUGGGUAUACCUGCAACCAUGAGGAUGUAUCUGUAGAGGAUCUACUGAGCUCUCUCACUGUCUUAUCUCUCAGUUGGUUUAUCUACUCAUUUACAUUUACAUUUACGUCUUAUCCAGAGCGACUUACAAAUUGGAUAACCACUUUACAAUAUUUUUAUUUAUUUUUUAUUUUUUGGGGGGUGGGGUGGGGUAAGGGGGGGUAGAAGGAUUAUUUUAUCCUAUCCCAGGUAGUCCUUAAAGAGGUGGGGUUUCAAGUGUCUCCGGAAGGUGGUGAGUGACUCCGCUCUCCUGGGGUCGUGAGGGAGCUUGUUCCACCAUUGGGGUGCCAGAGCAGCGAACAGUUUUGACUGGGCUGAGCGGGAACUGUGCUUCCGCAGAGGUAGGGGGGCCAGCAGGCCAGAGGUGGAUGAACGCAAUGCCCUCGUUUGGGUGUAGGGACUGAUCAGAGCCUGAAGGUAAGGAGGUGUCGUUCCCCUCACAGCUCCGUAGGCAAGCACCAUGGUCUUGUAGCAGAUGCGAGCUUCAACUGGAAGCCAGUGGAGUGUGCGGAGGAGCGGGGUGACGUGAGAGAACUUGGGAAGGUUGAACACACAGACAGGCUGCGGCAUUCUGGAUGAGUUGUAGGGGUUUAAUGGCACAGGCAGGGAGCCCAGCCAACAGCGAGUUGCAGUAAUCCAGACGGGAGAUGACAAGUGCCUGGAUUAGGACCUGUGCCGCUUCCUGUGUAAGGCAGGGUCGUACUCUCCGAAUGUUGUAGAGCAUGAACCUACAGGAUCGGGUCACCGCCUUGAUGUUAGCGGAGAACGACAGGGUGUUGUCCAGAGUCACGCCAAGGCUCUUCGCACUCUGGGAGGAGGACACAAUGGAGUUGUCAACCGUGAUGGCGAGAUCAUGGAACGGGCAGUCCUUCCCCGGGAGGAAGAGCAGCUCCGUCCUGCCGAGGUUCAGCUUGAGGUGGUGAUCUGUCAUCCACACUGAUAUGUCUGCCAGAAAUGCAGAGAUGCGAUUCGCCACCUGGUUACUCUGUGUCAGGAUGUCACUCAUAUUACUGUUGCUCCUCUCUGUGUUUGUAGGUGAGUGCUGAAUUCUCAGCUGAAACCAAAUAACAUUUUAAAUACAGUGAUAUUGCUUUUUUCAAUAAAUGAUUGUAUUAAAAACUAAGUGGUAUUUUACAGGAGAGUUUAAAAUUCUUUCUCUUGUCGCACUUCAUGGGCAACUAAUCCAUGGCUUUUUUUUUCAUUUAGAAUAAACAUGAAAACAAUGACAAUACUUAUGUUGUUGCAGCUGAUAGUAUGGAGCAGGAAACAAUAACUCCAGUGAAGCCUGAAGUCAAUGCUCUCCUGCAACUACAAGGGCAACGUUAACAAUCUCCAAUGGUACCGUCAAUACCCCGGAUAUAGACCAAAAUGUCUACAAACCAACAAGUAUGUACAGAAUACAUCCAUUACGACUCCACGACAUACUGGUAGACUGAAUUAAGAGAAGACCUGUGUAGACUUGAAGAUCUGUUAUUUAGAGUACAUUAAUACAUAUAUUUUCCCUGCAUCUCCACAUCAACUGAAAAAUAAAACUGUUAUUUUAGGGAAAUAUAUUCCCUUCUUCAGGAAAUAAUACUUUAUAUUGUCUGCAUGUACCUGUUGUGAUAUAACAUGAUCACUGAUACUAGUCUGGAUACAUACAGAAUGAAUAACAUUUGCUGUGUUGUUUUUCUUUCUUAGACGAUUAAGGGCAGUAAUUGUCUUAUUCUUAUCCAUUGGUUUUUGUCAACAGCAUACAUUUUGAGUCAAUACCAAUAGAAGGCAUUUAUGAGCUGAAUUAUCUCUAUUCAGAACUACAGCAAAAUCAUGAAGAUGACAUUUUGCAGCAAUCCAAUCCAGAAAUCCAAUCCAGAAAUCCAGUUAAUACUAAUAAUCUCUACCUGUUCUGGUACAAGCAUGAACUAAAUAGCUUCCCAAAGUUCAUGCUGGGACGUUUUUCUUUGGGAAGUACAAAUGCCAGAGUUCAAGGAAAGAUUUGAUGCCCAUCUCGAUACAGACUCCAAAUCACUCCUUGACAAUCCUGAGGGUGCAGCUGUCUGACUCUGCUGUGUACUACUGUGCUCUGAGGCCCACUGUGAUAACAGGAUAUACAGCCCCCUUACAAAAACAUACUGAGCUACACAAUGACAAUACAGUAUACAACACCACUUUGAAAUUGACACAGCAACCUUCUCACUACCUCCCUGAUACUACCAAGACUAGUAGUAGCAGAUGAUGAUGAUUAUACAGUUAGUCAUUGAUGAUGCCAAUAUUUACAUUUUAUUCAUUUAGCAUACUCUCUUAUCCAGAGCAACUUACAGUUAGUGAAUGCAUACAUGUUUUUUUUCAUACUGGCCCCCCGUGGGAAACAAACCCACAUCCCUGCUGGCCAAACCCUCCCCUAUCUUGGACGAUGCUGGACCAAUUUUGCGCCGCUCACGGGUCUCCCGGUCGCGGCCAGCUGCGACAGAGCCUGAACUCGAACUAGGAUCUCUAGUAGCACAGCUAGCACUGCGAUGCAGUGCCUUAGACCACUGCGCCACUCGGGAGUCGAUGUAAGAGACAUGAAAAUGCAUUACAAUAUCUCAUGGAUUAGAACAUAUACAGCUAGUACUGUCUAACUUGAUUAAUUUAGGAGAAAGAAGUUAUACUCAGUAUUGUGUGGAGAGUAAUGGAAAAGCCAGCAUCAACCACAAGGGGGCCACAUUACCAAGUGAGUGUUGCUUUCUACUCUGAAAUGACUUGUCUAUUUGAACAUCCCCUCUGUGCUGUGCUGCAUGGUCUAGGCCUGUGCUGCUACAAAGACAGGAAUCAAGAGAGCACACCAGUUUCAAUAUUGUAACAUCAGUUUGUCUUGGUCUUUGUAUCCUAUGAUAAGUAUGGGACAUUGGCUGUGGACCUCUGUUGUUCUUGCUGCACUUCUCUUUGGUAGGAUACGGCUCUCAUUAUCUUUUUCUCAAUAAUCUGAUGUUACUGGAAUCCUGACAUUUCUUUUCUCAAGUGACUGCUUAUGAAGGAGAAGACUUGUCUCUCAACUGCACCUAUAACACCAGUUUAUCAGCUCCAUCACUCUUCUGGUACAUUCAAUCCACAAACGAUUACCCUGAAUAUGUUUUGUGGAAGGAUGUCAUUGGACAAGGGGAUUUUGUGGAUAAAUUCAAGGAGUGAUUUGAUGCCCAUCUCAGUUCCAUUACCAAAUCAGUCUCCUUGACGAUCCAGAGGGUGCAGCUGUCUGACUCUGCUGUGUACUACUGUGCUCUGAGGUCCACUGUGAAAACAGGAUAUAUAGCCCCCCUACAAAAAUGAGUGUAUACUUGGCACUAGUGUAGAAAAAAUGCAAGCUGUACUUCUGUGGUAGGUGUGACGUAACCAGGGCUGUACACCUCACACAGUGACACACAGAAUAACAUUUCAGAGGAGAGUGAAUGCAUGCAAACAUCAGCCUGAAGAUGGAGAAAUCAAUCAGUGUAUUGAUCAUUCUGAUUAUGGCUACAGGUAAACAAUACCUAAACAUUUGAAUUCCUUGCAUCCUUAUAAUCAGAUUAUUAUUAUGGUAUUGGUAGGAAAACAUUUAUUGAUGAUGUAAAGUCAUUUAAAUGUUAAUAAUAAGCAUGAGUUUCCAAUCAGCUUUAUUAUCUAUUUUUCCUCUGCAGGAAUGGUAUCUGGAGAUAGUGUGACUCCUGACAAGGAGGAGUUCACCCCCACUGAGGGAUCAUCAGUGACUAUGAGCUGUACAUAUGAAACAAGCAGUGAUUAUGUUGACCUUUACUGGUACCGGCAUUAUUCUAACCAGGCUCCUCAGUUUCUACUGUAUAAAGGUGCCAGAUCAAGAACCAAUGAACAUAUCCCUGAUAAAAGAUUUGCAUCCAAAACGUCUCACACAUCAACUGAACUGGUUAUAACAAGGCUAACCCUGGCAGACACAGCUCUCUACUACUGUGCUCUCUGGGAUUAUACCCAGUGAUACAAAGUGUAUAAGACCCUGUACAAAAACCUGCAGACCAAAAUACUUUGUUGAAGUGGAAAUCAUAAUUAAACAUCAACCACAUUUGAUGUCAUAAUGGCUGUGGUCACACCUGUGCUAUGUUGAAUCACCAGGUAUCUAGUGUUUCUCUUUCUUCAUAUUCAAUGAACUGUGAGAAAGAUGUAUUCUUCAAUCUUUUUUAUAUCAGUUGGAAAAGCACUUGGGAAUAUGACAAAGUGCAACAAUAUUAUUGUUUGUAGUUACUCCUCCUCACAAGUCACACUGCUUGGUGGUGUAGUAUGAAAGUCAACCUGAAGAGGGCAACCUAACAAAGAACACACACCCCUGAAUCAGAGGAUGCCAUACAGACAGACACAUCCCCAUGGUCUACUACUGCAUGUAAUACAUAACAACAUGAAGCAUCAACAGUAGUACAGAGGGUGUCAAAGCUCUGUGAUAGAUAGAUCAGCAUUGUUCUGCUCCUUACCUUUUAAACAACAAACUGACUGCAUGUUCUGGCUGCAUGCUGCUUUGGUAUAAAUAACAUCACUUUGUUCAUCUGUCUCUUUCUGUGCAUUUGUUCAUUUAUUUAGAUACAUUAUUAUUAUAUGUUGUGAAGAUAUAUUUAUCUUUCUUUUCAGGGUGCAGAGCAGAAGAUAAUGUAACACAGCCAACAGAAUAGGUAAUGGUCGUAGAAGGACAACCAAAAACACUCACUUGUCUAUUCGAUAGAACUGCUAAAUUACCAUAUCUAUUCUGUUACAAGCACCUAGCAAAUGUCAACACCAUGUUUAUGCUGAGAAGGGAUAUGUUUUCACCUGGGGAAAGUGCUACUGGGUUAAAGGAGAGAAAGUCACAGCAAAAUUAGUCCCAUUGACGAUCCAGAGGUUGCAGCUGUCUGACUCUGCUAUGUACUACUGUGCUCUGAAGCCCACUGUGACAACAGGAUAUACCGCCCCCUGAAAAGUUGGGACAAAAGCAGAAAACAUAUUUUAAUAUGCUUUAAGUACAGUAGUAAACCUGAAUUAGAUACUCUGUAGGCUACAUUAGUGUUUGUACAUGUAUUAUAUCAGAAUAUGUGUACGUUUUCAAACAAUUGCUUCAGAUAAAUUAAUCAUACUAACUUCAUGGAACAUUUAAGUGAUUGUCAAUUCCUUUAGGCUACUUUCCAUAGCAUGUGAGCUAGACGUCUAGGCUUUACACUUUGUCUAUUGUACUGCAAAGAGUGCUAAUAUAAUAUUGACGAGGUAAUAUUGAAACAUACAUUUCUAUCCAAUCUUACCCCUCUCUGAACAGGCUCCUCCUUUAUGUCUGUCAGUUGAUGGUGAUAUACAGGCUGAGAUGGACAUGGAAGAGAGAGAGAGGAUCUCUACCUCUUACUGUAACUCACAGUCACUCUCUGUGUGUUCUGCAGAACCAUGGUACUCUGUCUGAUCAUCUGGCUGGUUCUUGCUGUAUUGUGCUUCGGUAUGAAGGAUCCUUUUCUCUCAUUGCUUUAUCUCAUCUUUUACACAUUUUAACUAUAUGUUUUAAAUUUUUAUAAACUUUCAAAUUAUCACUCAGUCUUUCUUUUUUCCCCAGAGUGCACAGGAGACAAUGUGCAACAGCAACCAGGAGGUGUGAUUGCUACAGAAGGAGGACUGGUAAUACUGAGUUGUCAAUAUAACACCACCAGUGCUAAUAAUAAUGUAUAUCUAUAUUGGUACAAACAAGAAGCAAAUGACUUCCCUAAACAUAUACUGACCCGUUAUUAUUCUGGAUCUGGAGACAAUGCUGAAGGGUUCAUGGAGAGAUUCAAUGCAAGUCUAAAUACCAAGACACAAUCAGUCCCCUUGACGAUCCAGAGGUUGCAGCUGUUUGACUCUGCUGUGUACUACUGUGCUCUGAGGCCCACUGUGACAGGAAACCUGUACAGACUGUACAAAAACCUGAAGAAAAAAAACUGACAUCCCCUAGACAUCCCCUCAAUUUGAAUUUCAUCAUUCCCUCGUAUAGACAAAACAUACAUAAACUGAAAAUGAACAAUGAAAGAUUUUCAAUAAACAAUAAAAAACUAUAUAUAUAUAUAAAAACGUUUGAUGGAAAAGUGAGAGAAACUCAUUAAGGUUAUCUGAUUUUGAUUAUACUAUAGAUCGUCGUUUUAAAUAGGAAAUCAUAAUAAACUGUGAGUGAAUUAAUUAAUGCCUCAUGUUGAAUAAAUGUUUUAUACAAUAUCCAAUAGAGGGAGACAAAAGUUAUCAUAAUUCAGUGCAGCCCUGCAUUUUGAGGAUGUGACAGUGGCAUCAAGCAGCAGCAAGAAGUCUGCUGUUACUUCUGCUCAUCUGACAAUUCUCUGUAUUUUGGGGUGGGGCUUCAAAGGUUUGGAACAGAUGGUCCAUUCAAAACUAGAAGGAGGAGGAUGUUUUUUUAGUAUACACAAAUCUUGUGCUGUGUGUUAUCAUUUUAAGUUCCAGUUUCAGCCCCAAUGUCAAUGUAGCAAUAUUACACUUUCAUGCACCUACUCAUCUGCAGUCUCUCUUCAGUGGUAUCUCCAGGACCCUGGAUCAGCUCCCAUCUUCCUCCUCCUCACUGGAGUGUCGUCAAACCGCUCUGUAGUAAAAGCUCCUCCUCCGUACCGUCAGUUGUCAGUUAAACUGAACGAUGAGAGAACCCUUGUGGAUCUGGAGAUCUCCUCUGCUGAAGUGACAGACUCUCAGUGAGCGGUAACUUGAUGUCCAGAUCAAUCAUGAAUAAUUUGUUAUGUUUACUUCAUAAUGAAGUAUAACAUGAAUGGAGUACCUCUGCAUCAUAUACCCUACUUUCAUACUCCUAAAUAUCCUUACACCUCUGAAGACUCUAGUCACUUCCAUGCCAGUCAGAAGAACUACAGUGUUUUAUCUCUGAACACUCAAAAGCAGCUUUAUAAAAAAAAGUGUACAAGAUAACAUCAGACAUAAGUUAAUAAUAUUCCCAAACCUCCUUUCAAAAAUAAUAAGUAACAAAACGUAUAAGAAAUAAAUGUAAUGAAAUAACAAAGUUAAAUGAAAUAAAAUACAAAAAACAACAACAAUUGAUUUGUAUUGUUUAACGUAUUUUUUUAAGUGUCUUAUGUUGUGUUGUACACUUCUUUUUAUACUUUUAUUUCAUUUGAGACAUCUUGUUGUUGUUGUAUUUUAUAACAUUUGACAUUCAUUACAAUACUUGUUUUUUUACUUAUAAAAAAGUAAUGAAAUAACAAAGUUAAAUGAAAUAAAAUACAAAAAACAGCAACAAUUGCAUUGUAUUCAUUUUAAGCUUUUUUAUUCAUAAUGCAGUAUAACGUGAAUGGAGUAGUAUUGUUAAAAAUAAAUGAAUGCAUCAAUACUAAGAUGUACAUUAAACAAGGAUUGCAUGGCACAAACAUAAACACAUUUGGUUGUUCACCACCCCCUGUCUUUCGUAGUAGGUGGAGCUACAACAUUUUCUCCAAUCAUCAAGACUGACAGAUUGCUACAGAGAGAGAUAUUCAACUCUGCCUGUUUUGUGUCAGAGUCUUUUGAUACUGUAUCUAUCAGCUAUGUUGCUGCUUUCAUAAUUUAUCCUCCUCUCAGUCCUUGAUGGUGAGUGCUGUAUUCAAUUUCAUCAUUUUAAUUCCAACUGCAGAAUAUAUUUAAUAGUUGUCAGAAAAGCUAUCAAAAAGAAGCAACAUGUUUUUCCAUUUCUGACAGGUGUCAGUUUUGAAUAUGACAUUAAUCCUACUAGGUCUAUUGUAGGUGGUGUGGAGGGUGAUACCAUCAAACUGUCCUGCAGCUACACUGACUCUGUAGACAAUCUACAGUGGUAUCAUCAGUAUCCUAAGUCUAAGCCAAGUUCCUGAUUCUCAUCACUAAAUUAGAAUAUGUCGCCUGUCAGCUCAGGUUCAUACUGACCGUGAGGAUCUGGAGAUCUCCUCUGCUGAAGUGACAGACUCUGCUCUGUACUACUGUGCUGUGAAGUCCACAGUGACAGGAAACAGAACUUGAUCAUACAAAAAGCAGACAAGACACCCAGAUGAGGGAUAAAGGCUUUGUGUUUGAAUUGAACUUCAUCCUUAUCAACAGUGAAAACAUAUGAAACCAUUCUUAUUAUAAGUUUAUUUGUUCAUAUGGUAUGGCAUUGUAUAGUAUGAAAUGAAAACAAACAAACAAUAGCAUUCCCUAGACAUUUCCAAAUAGAAAUUAAGGCCAAUAGGAUUUGAAAACCCUUAACCACAAACAACAGAAAAAGAUUUACAUAUCCAGUUAUCAGAGGAGGGGCCUCAUAGUCAAACACUGAUAUAGGCUGGGUAUCCCUGCAAUAAUGAGGAUGUCUCUGUAGAGGAUCUACUGAGCUCUCUCACUGUCUUAUCUCUCAGUUGGUUUAUCUAGUCUGUGUCAGGAUGUCACUCAUAUUACUGUUGCUCCUCUCUGUGUUUGUAGGUGAGUGCUGAAUUCUCAUCUUAAACCAAAUAACAUUUUGAAUACAGUGAUAUUGCUUUUUUCAAUGAAUGAUGCAUUAAACAUUAAGUGAUAUUUUACUGGAAAGUUUUAAUUAUUUCUCUUGUUGCACUUUAUCGGCACCUAAUCCAUGCAUUUUUUCUCAUUUAGAAUAAACAUGAACACAAUGUCAAUACUUAUGUUGUUGCAGCUGAUAGUAUGGAGCAGGAAACAAUAACUCCAGUGAAGCCUGAAGUCAAUGUUCUCCAAGGAACAGACAUCACUCUCUCCUGCAACUACAAGGGAAACGUUAACUAUCUCCAAUGGUACCGUCAAUACCACGGAUCUAGACCAGAAUGUCUUCUUUUGUACAGAAUACAUCCAUUAAGACUCCACGACACACUGGUAGACUCAAUGAAGAGAGACUCUUGUGGAUUUGAAGAUCCCCUCUGCUGA